AUGCUCGGUGUCGUUGUGUUUGCCCAUCUACAAAAUAUUUUGCAUCGGAAAAUCAUACACAGACCACAAACAGUAGUGAAACCGAACGUUUUAAAGAUAGUGGAUGCUGCACAUUUGGAUGCAUUUUUAGCAAACUGUGAUUGCAAACAUGAGUCGAGAAAUACAGUUUUGCUGAAAGUUGUUGUAAUAUUUGUUAUUUGUGUAGUCUUCGUUUUGGUUACAUACAUGCUUUUCCUAAUGUGUUUGAAUCCUAUGCUACGUAAACAACGUAAUUCGGUGCCAUAUAGACAGCAAAACGAUGAGAUGGAAGACAAUAUUUUUGCUCGGACAACACCAGCGAAUGAUCGAUUUUCAGAUAUUUCACCUUCAAUCACCAUGCGAUCUCGAAACAGCAAGUUUUUUGCAAAUUUUAACGAUUACUAUGACAAUGACUAUAUGUUUCAGUGUCUCAUAAGCAUGAAAUCUAUCAACAAUGUUCUGGGACGAGUUGAAGCCGAACAAAAUCGCUGGAUGCGAAAAGUUGAAGAACAACGGCGGAAUAUUUUCACGGAUCAUACUAUGCUUAAUUGA